CAGUGACGUCCGUGGCUAACACUUAACACUCCAACACCCUCGGCGUUUCUAAAACCCGUCACUCAAAAAUCCAGCAUUGGGCUUUCCAGAUCAACCAGAAAAGAAGGAAAUUCGUUAAGCGGGCGAAGCGGGUGGUUUGCUGGACUCACCAUACGGUCAACCCAAUUUUCCCUCACAGAACGGGCGAGAAAGGGCUCGGAAGUUUAACCGCAUCGCGGGAAACCCCCUCGGAAUCCGUUCUUUGAGCGACGGUUCCUGAGAACCACCAUUUCCUUUCCGUCUCCCAAGUCACCCACCCAAAGCUCACAUCACAAUGUCUUCGACACCUUCACAAUCAAAAACAACGCUCCCCAGCGUCGUCGCCGAAAAGCUGCCCCAUAUUCCCGAAUCCAAGGAGGAACUCAAAGCCGAGCUCAAAGCCGAGGCAAAGGCCGCCGCGUCCUCGGGCCUGUCUCAGCUACGGUCAUUCGUCGCCGGCGGGUUUGGUGGCGUGUGCGCCGUCGUCGUAGGGCACCCCUUCGACCUGGUCAAGGUCCGGCUGCAGACGGCCGAAAAGGGCGUCUACUCGGGCGCUUUCGACGUGGUCAAGAAGAGCGUUGCCAAGGAUGGCCUGCGGAGGGGUCUGUACGCGGGCGUGAGCGCGCCGCUUGUGGGCGUGACGCCAAUGUUCGCCGUGUCCUUUUGGGGCUACGACCUGGGCAAGUCGAUCGUACGGGCGACCAGCACCGUCGGCGCCGACGGCAACCUCUCGAUCGCGCAGAUCUCGGCCGCGGGCUUCUUCUCGGCCAUCCCCAUGACGGCCAUCACGGCGCCCUUUGAGCGGGUCAAGGUCAUCCUGCAGGUGCAGGGCCAGAAGAAGCUCGCGCCCGGCGAGAAGCCAAAGUACUCUGGCGGGGUGGACGUGGUGCGGCAGCUGUACAAGGAGGGCGGGGUGCGGUCCGUGUUCCGGGGCUCCGCGGCGACGCUGGCGCGCGACGGGCCCGGUUCGGCCGCCUACUUCGCCGCCUACGAGUACAUCAAGAGGAGGCUCACCCCGCGCGACCCCGUCACGGGCGAGGCCAGCGGCAAGCUCAGCCUGACGGCCGUCACGUGCGCCGGUGCCGCCGCGGGAGUCGCCAUGUGGAUCCCCGUCUUCCCCAUCGACACGGUCAAAAGCAGGCUGCAGACGGCCGAGGGCAACGUCACUAUUGGUGGGGUUGUUAGGGGCUUGUACGGCCAGGGCGGCUUCCGCGCCUUCUUCCCUGGCUUCGGGCCCGCGCUGGCCAGAGCGGUGCCGGCAAACGCCGCGACUUUCCUGGGCGUGGAGCUAGCGCACCAGGCCAUGAACAAGGUUUUUAACUGAUCAAGUGCCCUUGCUUGCUGCCUCACUCAAUGUCAGAGUAUGUGAUGCACGUCUCUGAUGUGCCAGUAGACCUGUCUUUCUUCAAGCUCUCUACUAUUUGCUUGAUGCAGGGAUGCUCAGAGCGAGACUUUGGUGGUUUGGUAAUGUACUCUGUCUGUGGCGGAUUUCUGUUGCCUUGUAAGAGGUCGUUGGGUAUGAGCGACAGGAGUCUGGGAUUUCAAUGCAUCGGAUGCUACACCACGUUCUUCAGACUUAGAGGGCACUGUCAGCUUAGGAAGGCCUUCUUAGUGUUUAAACCUGCAUCUUUCAAGCGACGUUGGGGUGAUAUCCAGCCCAAGUGGCGGCUCCAGCGAUGAGCAGUAAGCAAAUCCAGGAUACCUUUAAACAGGCGUGAUGAUCGCUCUAGUGUAUAUAAUAUAUCGGCACGAGUUCCUUGGG